CUGCGUCUGCUGUGUUUUUUUUGGGAUGCGAUACGCGAGCGUGUUUAACAGGCUUAUGCGAAUCCUUUAUUUCAAUUUAAUAAUUUUUUGCAUGUUAAGUAGUAUGUUCAGCCAAGUUUGCUCUGUAAAUUUUUUCAAGUAGCCAUGUCCAGCCAUGGCAGUGAUAAUUUAUCUCUAAAUAAAGGUAGCUUCAUCCUACCACAAAAUCCUGGGUUGAUUCACCUACCUAGUUCAGUUCCAUCUCCAUUGGACCCAAGGUUUAUUGCCCGGAGUAGGUUCCCUCUACCUGCUGGGAUGCCAACCGUAACACCUGUCAUUAAUGUUGAGAUGCAGCAGAAAGCUGGACUGCUUCCAAUUCCUCCCAUGCUUCCUGGAAGCCUGCCUGGCAGUUCUUUAGGUGUAAAUUCUAUACAUCUUCCUCCCAGCCUCCCUACAUAUCUGCCACCUCCUGUUGCUAUGCCUUCAUCUACCAAUUUCCUGCCCACAUCCUUGCCUCCUCUUCCUGUGACCAGCUCCAUCACUUCCAUGUCUGGCUCUGAACCAAAUGUUACAUCUGAAUCUAAAAUUGGCAGCCAGACUCUUAAAUCUGUAAAUACCAAUGAAGGAGAUGCAACUCUGAAGAACAAAAUGCUGGAUGCAGGAUCUAAAAAUAUGAAUGAACCAUCUGAACAGAUAAGUGCACCGGGAGACCCAGGAGCUGAGAAGGGCAGUACCACUUCUUCCUCGCAGUUGUCAACUCGUCCUCUGCUGGGGAAACUUGCUGCCAAAAAACGCCUUCUUGCCUUCUCUGGGAAGACCUCGUUUGCCCUCAAUCGACCAGCCAAGUCUGUUGCUAAGAGUGCACUCGCAGAUGCAGAUGACGAGGAGGCAGCAAAGACAGCUGCUGGUACAAGCACUUCGUCAGAAAACAAGAAAUCUGCUCAGCCUGCCAAAAAGAAGAAAAAGGAGGAAAAGGUGUCGUCCAUUGAUCAAAUUAUCAUGCAAGAAAGUCGUAUUCGUGAAGCAUUGGGUGUUCAUGGCAUGAACUUUAACCCCUAUACUCCUCAGUUUGCAACUUUCCUUGAUAAUCCUGAAAGUUUGAAGCGUCUUGAAGAAAAAGGUAAGAAUUAUGUACAGAAAUUAGAACAGAGGAAGAGAGACGAAGAACGCCGUGAGAAAGAAAAACAGGAGAAAAAGGAGCGGGAGAGGAAAGAACGAGAACUGGAAAAGGCUAGGAGAAAAGAAAGGGAAAUUGAAAAAGCUAAGGCUGCCAAGGAAGAAAAAGAGGCUAGAGAGGCAAAAAAGUUGAAGGAGAAAGAGCAGAGCGCUAACAAGGAAAAAACUAGCAGUGGAGCAUCUGAAGCCAAAUCUGCUCGAACAUCAAAAUCCAGUUCCUCGAGUACUAACAAUAAGAAACGAGACUCGAGCGGCAGCAGGUCUGGAAAAACAAUUCAACAAAUGCCAAGAAAUUGGGAGGAAUUUUGCAGCUUGAAGAUGUCAUGGGAACAAUGGGAGAAAUUUUUGAGUUCUUGCAAAGACGUAAGCCGACAAAGCCGAGUUUUGGAAGCUGUCAAUGCCGUAAGCAAAGAUGAAGAAGGGACUGUCCUGUUCCCAGGGCGCAUUGUCCAGUUAACGUCCACAAAACCAUCCAUUUCUUAUGCCGAGAAUCCACGUUUAAAUCAAGAUUUUUAUAUGAAUAGACAGUGUGCAUUGAUGAAAUUGAGCCGCGAGGAUCUCAAAAUCAUGGAACAAGUUUGGAAUGCCGAUCACCUUGUGUGCCCCGAUACAAAUUCCGAAAAUUACCCAGAAUUUUCUCAGUUUCAUUGGUAUCCUGAGGAUUGGAUCUCAGACGACUCGGGAAGGCUAUCAAGACAGAGCCUUAGUCAAAUCCCAUCAAAAUGGGAUUCUGAUGAAGAAAAUAAUGAUCAAGGUUCAAGAAAUAUUGGUAAAAAACCUCUCCUUCAGGAAUAUAUUCAAGAAAGCAAAAAUGUGCUUAUGAAGGCUGAAGCAUUCAUUCAAUCUUUCUCGGAAAAAUAUGAAGAAAGAAGUCACAAAAAAGUUGACGAAGAAUAUGAAGGUAGAAAUGAAAAAGUUGAUGGAAAAUAUGAAGAAAGAAGUCACGCAAAAGUUGACCAAAAAUAUGAAGAAAGAAAUCGCGAAAAAGUUGAUGGAAAAUAUGAAGAAAGAAGUCACGCAAAAGUUGACCAAAAAUUUGAAGAAAGAAGUCGCGAAAAAGUUGACAGAAAAUAUGAAAGAAGAAGUCACGAAAAAGUUGAUGGAAAAUAUGAAGAAAGAAGUCACAAAAAAAUUGACGGUAAAUAUGACGAAAGAAGCCAAGAAGUUCACAGCAAGGGGAGUGAACUGGACGCUGAAAAUCAGAAGAACAUCAGCAAAGAAGGUGAAAUUCUUCAUUCGGGUUCUGGAAUUGCUGAUGAAUAUGAAACAUUCCUGCACCUUGUUGACUCAGAGAAACUCGAAGGUCAGAGUUAUGCCGAAGAGGUGUCACAUUCUGGCAGGUCAUCAGCAGCAUCAAAAGAAUACAUUUCAUGUGCCGAGCCAGAUGCAGUGAACAUCGGUAAAACUGAAGACGAAAAAACUCACGGUGAAGAAGAAAUGGCAGAUGAUACAAAGCUUGAGUCCGUGGAUGAUUCAGAAAGAAUGAUGUCGGCUGCUGAGUGGAAUAAAUUGAGGAAGAAGGAAAAGAAAGAAAAGAAAAAGGCCAAAAAGGCUGCUAGAAAACUUAAGAAAGCGGCAAAAAAAGCAAAAAAGUUGGCUGAGAAAGCAAAGAAGAAAGCUUCCAAUAGCGAAUCUACUGACGAAUUUUCUCUUGCUGAUGAGUCGAGUUUUGACCAGCAUGAAACAUCAGUUGACCAAGAUCAUCUAAACAAAGUCGUGUACCAGACUCCUUGCUCUAGCUCUGCAAACUCGAGUCUUUCAGAGCCAGCCAAGGAGACUGCUCCGCCCUCUUCUCCUCAACCAUAUUCUCCUUCGUCGGCCUAUUCUUCAAUAUCUAAUUCACCUGAACAACCGGUUCCGUCCACAGACCUAGAAGAAAUUAGUGAUGGUAACCGCAAUGCUUCACUUGCACCUUCGCCACCCGUUCUCCCUGAUGCUGUUCCACCACUUCCAACAGGCAAGCGAACUGACCGAUCUAUUCUCCCAUCUGCAGGCUCAGAACUUCGCUUCCCACCAGAUUCUUCUUCAGUGUUGCCGCCUCUUCCUCCGUCUACGGUCUCUACUACUCCAAUUUCUUUUACGUCUGUUCCACCUCCUCUUCCUGCGGUUAGUGUACCUCAUUAUCAACUUCUACUGAGUGGCCCUCCACCUCCUAUUCCUUCCCACUCCCUUCCUCUCCCAUCAUCCUUGUACAGCACUCCUCCUCCUUCAGUUCCUGUUCAGAGUUCACACCAUCAGCUGGACUUCAGCGAGUUGUUCAGGCAAGGGGCUUCUGUUUUGUGCAGCGUGCGUCCUCCUCCAUUGCCGUCGUCCUACUCAGCUCCUGGCACUGAUAGUUCGAAUCAAGGAUCAGUUUACUCAAACCAUAGUACUAGUUUUCAUAAGAUUACCUCUGAAUUUAAUUCUUCAAUGCCAGAAAACAAUUCGGUACAAUCGCUGGAUAUACCGAUGCCCUCGAUUUGCCCGCCUGCCGCACAUUCACCAAAAGAAAUGCAAUCAACUCGAGAAGCAUCAGUAAACGUUCCUCAGCAAUACGAAGCAACCAAACCUCUGAAAUUUCAAUCUAAGCUUGAACAUGAUUGCUUCACUCCGUCACCUGACGUAUCUCAAGACGAAGACUCGAGAAGUUCUACUCCCGUCGGUAAAAGAGAGAUUCGUUCUAUUGCUUUUAAGCUUGAUUCACUCAAGACUACGAGCAAGAGCAAAGUCCUGCGAAAAAGUGCAUUGCAAGGCUUUGAAGAGGAGGAAGCCCACCGUAAGAAACUGCCGAAACCUGUCUUUGAGAGCGUUCGGUGUGAACAGACCGAAUCGUCUCGCGAGUGUAUCGACGAAGCUGAUAGUAGCCAUGGCUCUCCUGCAGUUCGGACUUCAGAUAUUGCUGACUUCCCGCAGACAGGAGUUACUGAAAUCACAAGUAAAGUUGGAGGGUCUUAUCCGGAUCCAACUGAAGUUGAUCGGAAAAUUUCUCCCAUAAACGCAGAUAAACCAGAACGGAUCGCCUCGACCGGCCAGGAAAGUAUGUCUCAGGAACACCUCGACUCUGGUAAACGAUUGUGGUCGAACGACAAAAACGAUGAAUCCGGUGCUCAAAUUUCUGACAGGAAUCAGACACUAGACGACAACAGUGGCAAACUCUCUGUUGGUAGAACGGACAUUUCUUCAGAUGGCCAAUGGGCAAAACUUGCGGUCCGCGAACGGGAGGAAUCUGAAGGCCAGAAAGACAAGUCGCCCGAUCGUCAGCAUGAUCAAUCUUAUGAGCGAGGAAAAGGUCGUUUUCCUAACCAGGAAGAAGAUCGUUCUCCUGACCGCAGUAAGAGAUCUCCUGAUGCUAGAAGCGACCGAUCACCGGCAAUUAAGAGAGAUCGAUCUCCUGAUCGUAAAAGAGACCGAUCUCCUGAUCGUAAAAGGGACCGAUCUCCUGAUCGUAAAAGGGACCGAUCUCCUGGUCGUAAAAGGGACCGAUCUCCUGGCCGUAAAAGACCUCGAUCUCCUGAUCGUAAAAGGGAUCGAUCUCCUGAUCGUAAAAGGGAUCGAUCUCCUGAUCGUAAAAGGGAUCGAUCUCCUGACCGUAAAAGAGGUCGAUCUCCCGGUAAGAAAAGAGAUCGUUCUCCAGAUAACAAGAGAAAUCAAUCUAGUAAGAGUGAUCGAUCUCCUGGUACUAAAACCGAUCGAUCAUCUGAUAACAAAAGAGAUCGAUCUCCCGACCGGAGAGAGGAAAGAUCUAUGGAGAACAAGAGCCGAAGGUCUCCGAUUCGUAAAAGCAUUAGGUCUCCGGACCGCGAACAGGAUCGUUCUAGGGACCGAAGUCCUUUGAGGAGGCGUGAUGGUUCUCGUGACCAAUCUCUUGAUCCCAGCCGGAAAUCUCAGAGAGAAUCCAGAGGGCGCGGAAGAUCUCCUCUCGGUCGCGAUGAUCAGACGCGUAGGAGAAGAAGCAGCGUCUCGCCCGGCAGUGACCGCGAUGGACAACCUGCUGAUCCUUGGCAGACUGACUUCCGUCAAAACGAUCGCAGCCGAGAAGAAAGUUUCGAUGAUCGUUCCGUCUCGUCACCAGGUUCUCGGGCUCAGCUUUCAUCGCCGAUGAAGAUUCCUUCUAUCGUGCAGCUUCACUACUCGGAUAAAUCCGGCGAAUUUACGCCCGAUGAACACAGGCCUGAGUGGAACUACGAUGCCGCUGAAAUGGAAGAACCAGUUUUUCAAGAAUGGCAAAACCGCAACUUGAGCAGCAACAAUGUUCUCAUCGACACUUCCCUCGCCGGGAACUCCCUCAUGUUACCUGCCGAAGCUCCUCCUCUUCCACCACCCAUCCCUGCCACAGGUCCCAACUCAUCUGAAGUCGUACAUGAAACCCAGGACCUGCGUGAUGGUGCUGAGUUCUCACCUUCGCCGCCCGGGUCUCCCACGGAGCGGCUCUCUCUAGACGACCGCCUGGCUAAGGAACACGGCCUUGUUAUGCACGAGAAGCCUCAGUCGCCGGUCGUUGGCAUUGACGCCUCCCAACCAUCGUGGAAUGUUCCCAGUUCAUCGCCUGCAUCUAACGUCAUCCAAGUGGGUAACAUGCUACAAAUUUUGCCCCAAGAAAUACCGCCUCCACCUCCUCUUCCUGCUUCCAACCAAGAUCUCACCUCGGAUAACAUCAAUCUUCUUUCCCGGCUUAACGACGAGCUCAGAGCUGGGAUUUCUGGAUUCGAGAAAAGCUCCUCGACCAGCGCGGACGGUAAAACAGACUCGGGCGCCGACAUCCUACCGCUGAUCGUGGCGGGCGCCGCCGCUGCUGCCGCCGCCGCCGCUGCUGGCAGCCCUAGCGCCAACCCCAGCGCCGUGGCUCAGCUCAUCUCCCUCUUGCAGCAGACUGCUGGCCGUGCUCCGGCGACUUCGGCUAUACCGGUUCCGGCUCCUCCUUUGCCUCCUGCACAGCCGUCGGUUGAAGAGCUUCAACUUCAGCAGGAAGAACUUCUGAAGCAGGAGAGACAAGCUGAACUGCUGAAGCAGCAACAGCAGCACGCGCGCAAGCUUCGCAAGGAGCGGCGUGAGAGGCGGCGACUGGAGCGCGAAGCUCGACGAGAAGCGCGACGCACUGCCGAGGAGCAGAGAACUGCUGAUCAGCAGCAGCAGCAGGACAGCGAUGAUGAUGAGGCUACCAUCAGAGAAGCCAUGAGCGAGGAACCGAACCUGGGCUCGCCGGUGGCCGAAUACGAGCUCGAGGCCGAGGCGGAAGAGGCGCGUGCCGAAUCGCUGCGGCAGGCGGAGGAGGCCAUGGAGAAGAGGCUUCAGAAAUACAUGCCCGCCCCCGCACCUGACCGCGGCAUCCUCAUGAGUCCCAAUUACAGAAUACGCGGAGUCUCGUCGGGGAAGAACGUCAGGUUCGCUGACGGUGUGCUGCCUGGGGAAGGGACCUCGCCAUCGGGAGGAGAGGAAAUCCACUCCCCGCCCCCACCACCUUCCGAGGAACAGGACAAUGGCGAUGGCACGUCUGGAGUCCGUCCUCCUCGUGAGAAGAAACUCAGGAAGAAAAACAAGCCUCGCACUCGCGUCAUCAAAGUGUUCGAGGGGAUGAACGAAGAAGAUGCGUUGAGCGCUUCUCCCCCUCCACCUCCGACAUCUCCCCCUCCAGGAUGCACCCCCAUUUUUCUGUAUCCUGGCUACGCCCAUUAUACGCUCUCCGAGCCUGGCACUGCGGUUCUCUACACCCACCCCCAACCUCCUACUUCCCUCCCCCACACUCCCAACGAAUUUCCUCCUCAGGGAGCGAGGUUUGACCUGAACGAUGGGUCGUCCCCGUUUAUGGAGACCUAUGAUGCCUCAACAAACAUGCCUCCAUUCCCAGUGUUGAACGGGUCACCCUUCGUCCACGGGGAAGGUUGUUCGCCCUACGUCUCUCAAUCUUGAGGUGUUGUUGAGGCUCUACAAAUGUGGUCCUUCUAUUGCAUAGUCGGGUCAAUAGUCAUCAUGAUGGACAAACCACAUUUCCUGUAAUUUGUUUUGGUUUUGAUAUUAUAACCUUAAUAGGAAAAGUAAUCUGACUGGACUGAGUUUAUCUGGACAGACAGUCUAAAGCUUCAACAGUUUGUUGUGUUUGACUUGUGUGUACAAUGCCACACAUGAUUAUCUAUUCUAUAAAACUGUAAAUGUGUCAGUGAAAAACGGAAGAUAGCAGUUUUCUCGCUGACAUGAGACGUUUUGCUUAAAGUUUUUUUUAUUGACAUGGCAUUAUAAUGUAAUUUUUCUCUCUAACAUAUUACUUUGUACAUUAUUGUGAGAUAAAACGACUGAUCUUACAUGUCUUAAGAAACAUUAUGAUGGUUAACUGGAUUAGUAUUUUUUUUUCAUUUCUUUGCUCCAAAUAACUUUGCUGGUAAUGGAUAAACCUCCCAAAGUUAUGUUGGGGCGUAGAAUUUUUUUUGUUGUUACAGCCAUAAAUUAUAAGGCUUUCCGGGAUCAACAAAGUUAAGCACCAGUUCCAUGAAUUUCAUUAAUUGGUGUCAUCAAAAAACGCGUUUCAGCUACAAAAUUUAAGGAUAUUAUGACUUCUUGAUUUAUUCACCAUGAAAGCAUCGCGACUCCAGUUAAUUUACUUGAAUUUUCUCGAAUUGCCAUUCGUAUAUAAUACACCAAUCCACUUCUCUGCGUGCAUGAUUUAAGUGUGGGUGCUUUUGUUGUGAGGUCUUGAUUUUUUAUUAAUAAUAUUUUUCCACCUGAUUGAACUGAGAUUUUGGCACAUUCAAAUCUCCUUUCGCUAUUCACUUUAAAUUCACACUUCUAAUCUUAUAAUAAGAGAAAUUUUUAUCCUUUAGAGAUAUCCUCGAGCACUGUGGAGACAUUUCUUUUUUCUAAUGUAAGAAUGAAAAAAAUUUCUUAAAUUUUUAUUUAUGAGGUCGUCCCUCGCAAUGUCGCUAUGAUUCAACCCAGUUUCGAGGUGAUGAUGGUUGAUUUUUGUUUACUUCUUUCUGUUCUUUUGUGGUAUGUUUUUAGGGUUUGUUUAUUCUAGUACAAAACUAUAAACGUAAAGUCAGGAUGAGUAAGCAGGUACGUCUAGACGUAGCUCUGCCUUAGCUUAGUAGAGCCCAAUAACAGGAUUACAAAUUAUCCCAUUUAUUUCGUUAGCCGUGAUAGCAAAAUGGCUGUAAUGCUUCGAAGCAAUAGUAAUAAUACGUGGACGUUACGUUAUUGUCACGUUACCAUUGCAAUGACAAGAUGCUCAACCAAUGACGAUUGCUAUGUAAACACAUUUGAGAACGUUUUGUUUGUAGAUUUCAGUAUUGGUGAUGAUAUAAAAUUAGCCUAAAAUUUUUUUCAUUGUGGCGACAAAACAUGUACCUUCUGCGACUUUUUGCUGUUUGACAUCAUUCAAUGGAAAAAUUUGUUGUAACCAUGUUACAGUGCUAAGUUUUGUUUCUUAAAGGAAUAUUUACUUUCCUCUGUUGAUGUCCUCACCAUUUAAAUAAGGUUAUGGUGACGGCAUACGUGUUUGUUUUAAUUUUUUCGCUAUUGUUUUGACCCUCAUUUUUAGGAGAGGUGAUACGCUUAUGUACAGAACUCAUCUGUACGAAUACUUAUUGUUAUUACCGAGGUGGUUGUUCUUGAUGCGCGUAGUGAAUAGCUGGACCCUAGUGGCAAGCUGGGUACAUUUUAUGCUCACCCUGUUGCUAUUGCUAGAGCUGCAUUAAGAUUAUCUACAAUGUAAGCAUAUUACAGGUGGUACAGUCAGUACAUGGCUCUUAGCAACGCAAAUCGUUAAAAAUGUAGGACCAGAAACAAAAAAAUACUCUUACUAGUUUGUCACUGUGAUUACUGGACUCCUACCUUAUCGGGCAUGUUGAACCGAUUUCAGUGUAACAAAUAUGAGACCGAGACUUUUCUGGUGUGUUCGUGCGUAGCUUUUAUCAAUCAUCAGUUUUAUAUCUCUGAUGAAUGAUGACAUGAAUCGUAUGACCAUAUGUUACUGUGCGCUUUAUUAUGUCAAUAAAUAGUUCCGAAA